AUGUAUCAGCCACAGGGAAGCUAUCCAUCACGGUCACCUCCGCCGCUGCAGCACCCGAUCCCAACACAUCCUCCAUUCAAAGUACCCGACCCGCCCAUCUCGCCCAACCCGGUCCCUCAAGCGUCGGUCACCGAUCCCCACCUCUCGACUGCAAACCGACGCGGCGGACCUGCUGCCAACCUGCAAGCGUCAGCGUCAGGCGGUUAUCAGCGCUUCGCAUCUCCACCAAUCCAGUCGCCGCCGACUCAACCGUAUGGUGCCGCCUCUUCGUCGUACGGUCAACCGGGUGUCGGUGGGCAAAACUACUUUUCCGGUGCAGGCGUCGCUGGGCAGCAGCAGCAGGGUUGGGGAGGAUUCCCUGGCUUCAAUGGUGCGGGAGGGGGGCCUCAGAUCAUGAACGAUGCUACAGCACAGAUGGGUGUGCAGUUCGGACAGCACAUGGCGGCGGUGGGAGGAGAAUACGUCCAGAAGAACUUCAACGCUAUCCUCCCCCUGCCUGUCUUGAAGCACUACUUCAAUGUGUCCAACUCAUACGUGCUGCACAAGCUGCGCAUCGUGCUCUUCCCAUGGCGACACAAGCCGUGGUCGCGCGCACACCGGCACUCGGCUGCCGUCGGCGGGGUCAGCUCGGCGUACGCGGAAGCGCCCUCUGCCGUCAAGACUGCUUCGUCCGGUGCCGAGGGCUACCUGCCUCCGCGCGACGACGUCAACUCGCCCGACCUCUACAUCCCCACCAUGGCAUUCGUGACGUACAUCAUUCUCACCUCGGUCAUUCUCGGCCUCGAAUCGCGCUUUCACCCGGAAGUGCUCGGCCUGCGCGCCUCCCGUGCUCUCGCCAUCAUCCUCGUCGAACUAGCCGCGAUCAAGCUCGGAACGUACCUGCUCAACAUCCAGGGUGACCACACGAUGAUGGACCUCCUCGCCUACUCGGGUUACAAGUUCGUCGGCACGCUCAUCACGCUACUGGUGGGCCUAUUGAAGGUGCGCGGGCUUGUGUACUGGAGCGUGUUCCUGUACUGCUUUGCUGCGAAUGCGUUCUUUUUGCUGAGGAGUUUGAGGUAUGUCGUGCUACCCGAUCCGAGCUCUCCCAGUAGCCAGACUAUCACGCAUGCACAGAGGUCGAGGAGGAUCCAGUUCUUGUUCUGUAUCGCUGUGGUGCAGAUCGUGUUUGGUUGGGCGUUGAUCAUUGGUAUUUUCAAGGAUGCGCCCGUGUCGAAGAAGGUUGUUUAG